AUGAAACAACCCUCACAACAUUUGGAUGUGCAUCCAGUCCUUCAAGGAACAGGACUUCGGAUUUUCCUUAAGGACGUAACACUGCCACCUAUCCCAAGCAUUCAAUAUUACACUGAUGGAUCUAAAAUAGAUCAACAGACAGGCUGUGCCCUUGUAGCCUUUCAUAAUGGUCAGUCAAUUUAUCAGUGGCUGGGUCAUCUCCAUGGAAAUAAUAGUGUAUUUCAAGCGGAGGCCCUAGCCAUCCUCAAAGCAGUUCAACACUGUAAAACAAGUGGUGCUAUGGAGGCAAUAAUUAUCACUGAUAGUCUUUCGUCGCUUCAAGCGAUUCAAAACCCCAGACAUUCUUCUUCGCUUAUCUCGGACAUCCAAUGUGAACUUCGUAAUCAAGUGGGAAAUAACAUCACGCUAGCUUGGACUAAGGGCCAUGCUGGGGAUCACGGUAAUACUUUGGCAGAUAAGUUAGCCAAAUCAGCUGCCGAAAAUACCGAUGCCGAGGCUGAAGAAGUGAUUCUUAAGUGGCCAACAUCUCACUUAAAACGAGCUCUUCUUUUAAAAGUUAUAUCCCAAUGGCAACUAGAAUGGGAUACUGAUGAAACCGGUCGACGAACGUACAAUCAUAUUACGUAUGUGGAUCAAUGUCGUCAGAUAACAAAUCAUCAACUAGUAAGAUAUAUCUCGGGGCAUGGUCCAUUUCCAAGCUACUUUUACAAGCAUGGAAUUGCAAAUAGUGAAUAUUGUGUCUGCGGAACUCUAGGCAUACCUGAACAUUAUAUUACUACAUGCCCGUUAACGGAGGAAUUUCACAUUCCUUUCCCUGUGGAUAAUCAACUAGCAUUUA